AUUUGAUUUGAAAAAAAUGUUGAAAGGAAUUAAUUUUGUAAUGUUCAUCUACACAACAAAAUUUUUUAAAUCCUCAUUUAUUUAUUUAUUACUGUUUUCGAAUUAUUCCUUCUCACUUCCACCCAUUUCACCUCGCUUUCUCCAUUUCACCGUCCAAAUCCAACAGGAAUGGUUAACUGACACCAAUACUAGAAUUUUGGCAGUUUUCGAAAAUUUAAAUAAUGAAAAACCAAAAAAUUGGCAAAUGUCUAUCCAAUUAUUUGGGCAAAAUAAAAAUCAGAAAAUUCCAUUUAUUACAUUAUUAAAUAUAACUAAAGGAGAUAAAAUUGAAAAUAAUUUAAUUAAUUCUGAAAAUAUGCCUCCUUGCUUAAUUGAUAAUAAAUUGGAAGAGAAUAUACAAAUUGAGGUUGAAUUGUCACAAUUUUUCCUUUACUUACGUGCUAAAAAUGCAGAAAAAUACAUUUUGCCUGAGGCGCUGUUGGAUUCCGCAGAAUUACGUGUGUUCUUUGUUCGGAUUUUGUAUGGCAACAAUAAAAAUGUUUCGAAGGAGAGAGAAGAAAGUGUUUGCCAACUUAAAUCGGAGUUAGAAUAUAAAGAGACUAGUCGUUUCUCACUUCCUUCAACAACCCCACAUCCUAUACAAACAAUACCCACCACCACCACCAUAUCAACAACAAAACAACCUCCCCUCCCUCCUCUUCCUGUUGAUAUUUUCAGUAAUUCUAUAUUAUUAAAUGAGCCUGAAGAGGAAUUAAAUUUAAAUUAUCCAACAAAAGGCCCUUAUAAGAGAACUCGAAGUAAAUUACCUAGAAGAAGCACAAAAGCCGCACAAAGUUAUCUAAGUGCAGAUCAUUAUGUUCAAAAAAGUAAAAAUUCAAAACAAUCAAGAAGAAUGUUCCCCCCACCUUUACAAACACCUUCUUGGCCUUUAGAAGGAAAUAAUAAUAAUAACCAAAUUACCUCUACUACAACCCCUGCUUAUAUUGAUAUUAUAAGAGAUAGACAACUUUAUGAAGAAGUACAGCGGUCAAAAACGAUGGAAAUAAAUUCUCGUUGGUCUCUAACAUUUCUUAUUUUUGUUGUUCUAAUUUCUGUUUUAAUUUCAAUAUCGGCAACAUUCGCUCUAAUUAUGUUUGUUCUUCUCCAAUGCAGACCAAAAACAAAGAAAACACUUUUAAUUUCUCAUUCCUCUUAA